AAAAAGAAAAUUGUCAGAGUAGGAAGAGAGACGUCGUGUGCCUAGGAGGCUAAACGACGGCCCUUAGGGUUCGCACAAUUUUUUUAUGUGCAAAGGGUGGCGACAAAAGGGAACGUACAACGAAUAGGAAGGGAAACAAGAGAGAAACAGAAACACUCAAAGAGAGCAAGAGAGAGAGAGUAAGUAGAACCACGUGAUAAAAGUAGAAGAGGGAGAAACGCUAAGGGGAAAGGGCUCGGAGGGAAAAGGACAACAGAUGUCCUACUGUAUGACGCACGGGGAUAUUUAGCCUUCAAGAAGAUAGUCGUUGCCUUGUUUCUGCACGUUGCGGAAGUAUAGUGGUUACGAAAAAGAGGCUAAUUUUUUCUUCUAUCUUUUCUCUUUCCUUUUUACAUUUAUUUUAAUCUCUUCUAUCACGCGUGCCAAAGCAAAGUUUAUUACAAGGACUGUGCUCCAAAUUACGAGAGACAUAAUUUAGAAAGGAAAAGAAAAAAAACAAAAAGAGGGAAAAUGUCGUGGAAAUAUUAAAGGAUCAGAAUCGUCGAACGAUGUGCGAAAUUUCCAAAGUCCAACGAAGGAUAUAUCGCGAUCAGGAUCCUCCACGAAUACGCGACAAAACAACAGAUACGCAAUGUUUAAAAAACGAAGCAGAAUUUUCCAGAUCAACGCCAAAUUCGCCAACGGCGUUGCAACAAAGGGCAUCGUCCAGUUUGGAAAAGUGUUCGAGCGAGCCAGAAUAUUUGGAAAAGAAAUCAAAGGACGACGAUCCUACGAAGAUCAAAACUGAAGAUAAUCGUUCGUCUUUAUCUUUGAAAGAUAAUAAAUUUAUCGAUGAUAAAAGAAAAGAUUCUUCUUUCGGAUCAACGAACGUUCAGGAUUUCGUUGUCGAACUUUCUACGAAAGUGCCUUCAUCAUCUUCAUCAUCCUCCUCCUCCUCCUCUUCUUCUUCUUCUUCUUUUUGCGAUAAAAAGGUGAUUGCUAACGGUUUAAAAAACGAAUCCUCGGACAGCUGCGAAGUUUUGACGAACGGAAAAAAAAUGGCACCAGUUUUGGGUGUCCCACCACCACCACCACCUGCACCUCAUAUGGGACCUGACGGCCUAAUUUUACCUAGGAAACCUUACAACCCUUGUCUAACGUCUAACAAUCAUAAAGAUUUGCGUAGAGAGUUACUUUUUAAUCAGAAAAUAGGUAGAAACGUGUUAAAUCAAAAAAGCGAGUUACAAAGAGCUUUGGAAAAACAGAGAGAGAAUGCAUCGAGAAAAGAAGCUGAAAGAAAUCGCGAGGAAACAUUUAAAGACGAUCCGAGGACAGCAUUGCAAAGGGCGAUAGAACAAAGAGCUAAAAACAUUCAAAUAAUGCAAGAGAAAUCGCAACCGAUGAUCGAACCACCAAAUAAUCUUUUGAUAACAGCGAGAGCGAAAUUAAGAACGCGUACAGAUUCGCAAUGAAUUAGAAUUAAACGUGUGGACAUUGGAUCGAGUGCUAAACGUGAAUUUAACUAACUAAUUUUCACAAACAAACAAACAAACGAUAAUAAUUAUUACGUUUUCGUUAUAACGAAUUUUAAUAUCGGAUGGUCACUUUUUUAGAACGUAAUCUCUGUGUAUAUAGAUAUACAUAAAACUUACAUGCAUAUAUAUACACUCACACACACACACGUACAUAUAUUCGUACAUGAGAAUGAUUUUUUUUGUUUAGAAAAGCAGGACCAUAAACUCGCACUCCUUAUAGUCAUAGUUAACGAAAAAAUAAGAAGAAAACUAAGGCAUACGCGUGUAUUUAUGUUCCAAAUGGAAAAUAACUAAUUGUUUAAUCUAUCUUUCUUGUUUGCAUUUAUAAUAAUAUAAAGAAGAAAGAUAGAAAUAAGUUAUAAACUAUUUUUAUGAGGAGUACGAUUCGUAGUAAACAUUCAUGAAUAGAUAGUUUAAUGAUCAAAAAAUACGAAUCGUUAUAUCGACUAUUUCAAAGUUGAUGUUAAUAACCCGUACAAGUUGUUUACUGCUUAAAUGUGGAAGUAUUAUGAUUCUGAUUAUAAUGAUGAUGAUAAUAAUGAUGAUGAUAAUAAUGAUGAUGAUGUAGAUUCGUGUUCAACAGACAAAGACGAAUUUAUUUCUAAUGAUCGUCUCUGCAUCAUGGUGAGAGAUUCUUCCGUGCCUCUACAUGUACUCGUUAUUGUUAGUCAGGACAUACUUUCACUCGAUAAUAAUCAUAAACCAUGAAAGAAAAAAAAAAGUCUAAACUAUCCGUGGAAUUUACUUGACUUGUUAACAAAAAACUACUGUCGACUAUUUUUUUUUUCCUUUGGUUUCUAUUCAAACCAACACCUUGGUUAAUUAAAUAUGAAAUAAUUAUGAAGAUAAAAAGAAUAUUAGAAUGAGAAUAUCUUGGGACCAUACACAUAAAGCAAGAUUGCAUGAUUGAAGAAGGCCUUAAAAUAAAGAGUUAGCAAUGCCCGAUAUAUUAUUAUAAAAUAUUGUAGAAGGAGAAAAAAUCUAUAUCUGUACUGUAUCAUAUUGUUUCAUUGUAGUAAUAGUUAAUUAAUAAGUAGGAGCAUGUGGUUACUGAUGCAAACGUUUCAAGACUGAAGGAACAAUGGACGAGAUCAAGGCUUGCAUAUAUAUUCUAAUAUGUUUUCAAACUAUAUAUAUAUAUAUAUAGCAGAUAUUAAAAAAUAUGAAAAUAUAUAA